UUCUCUAUAAAUACCGCCGGGGUCCAUACACAUGUAUCAUGUCCAUGUCCCAUGAACAUAAUUUCCACCGAUACCUGGAAAUCCCUUUUAUUGGUCACAGUUUUUUAAUUUCAUAGAGACAGCGUAACCACAACAAUGAUUAUUUAAAUCCGUUCCCGACUUGUAACCAAGAGGUUAAGCCUAGUCAGAGAGCUCUCCUUAAUAAAGCUGAAGUUUCAGGUGAGAAAUUCGCCAGAGCUUUCAUUUGGGAAUAACAGUUCUCUGGCUUCGGGACAAUGGCGUCCUUCUCGCUGGAUGAUUUCGUCGGAAAUGGAACUCUCAAGGGAUUGCUACCGAAGCUGCUUGAAGAAGGGUGGGAUGACGUCCCGACUUUGAAGCUCAUGAACCCGGAGGACAUGGGCGCUCUCAACAUGAACCAACAGCAGAAGGAUGCGCUGGAAAUUCGAACUUACCUGCAUGACCGAGUGCUGAUGCAGUAUGCAGACAGACUCGAGGCCUUGGGAAAGUGCCUUCCCGAGCUCCUGAACCUCAGCAGCGGGGACCUUUACGGUCAGUUCGGGAUGAAGAGGGGCCACAUUGCCCGGUUCAUAGAACGAACUGCACCCUCUGAGCCUCUAUCCAAGUCCUCUGUUGUCUUGUCAAAAAGAGGACCAGGAGCAGCUGGAGGGCUCUCCCAGGCUCCCUCUAGGACCAGCAGCAUAUACAACAGGAGCUUUGAAUCACAAAACUCGAACAACAAAAUCCGCCUGAGCUUCGCCAAAUCACCUGCGAGGAGCAGUCCUAGCUAUUUCGACCGCUCUCUUGAGCAGUCCCUGGCCGAGAUUAAGAUCAAGGACGGCUACGUGUUUAAGGGUAUCGUGGCGGCAGGGCCUGCAGAGCCAAGGGCCUGCGGUUGUGUCCAAGCGCCUCAGGUAACCGAAAAGGUUGCCCCAUAUUCUGUUAUUGAGAAUGUCUCUGUGCAGAGGUUGACCCCCGAGUAUAAGCUCGGGAUGGACUGGCUCGUGAAGACUAAGACACCACCUAUGAAGGCCUCCGAGCUCUGGCGGGAUAAGCCAGCUGUGCUCCUCUGUCUCCGGCGGCCCGGGUGCAUUAUGUGCAGAGCUGAGGCCCAUCAGCUCUACUCGAGAAAGCCCAUCUUCGAUGCUCUUGGAGUUCAGCUCUUUGCAAUCCUGCACGAACACAUCGAAUCAGAGGUGAGAGAUUUUUGGCCCCGAUACUGGGGCGGGGCGGUGCUGUAUGAUCGAGGGGGUGAGUUCUUCAAGGCCCUGGGUGGGGGGAAACUGCUCAAGGACAGCUUCUUCUCAGGGUUCCUGUUGAACCCAAUUGCAAGGGCGAAUUACAAGAGAGCCAAGGCCAUGGGCGUGGACCAGAACCUCAAGGGAGAAGGUGAGAUCAAGGGUGGCCUCUUCAUUGUUGGCAGUGGCAAGAGCGGGAUUGCUUACCAGUUCAUCGAGAGGAAUUUCGGCGACUGGGCGCCGCUCGCUGAAGCCAUUGAGAUCUGUACCCAGCUGCAGAACCAACAACGUAGUCAAGCUGGGACAAAGUCGAACAGAUCGUCGCAGGAGUUCGGAUAAAAGCUUAACUAGACGAAUUUUAUGUAUUCAUAUCAUUAUGAUGAGCAUGAGAUAAUGUUCUCUUUACAUCGUUAAUUAAAUUAUCGCUGAUGUGUGCAACCCUUUGGGCAUGACUCAUGUAAUUUUAUACGUUCAGAAGUUUCUUGAUACAGUGUUAUGACUAGAGAUUACUCAGUAAUACGAGGAUUUCUUUCUACCAAUCAGAUUCAAUUUC